CCUCCAAAAAAACUCCCACGCUUUCCCACACUUUCCCACCCUGAAAUCCUCCCCAAGAAAGAAGACGAAAGAAGAAGGAAAAAAAUCCCUACUCUCUCUCCAUUCUUAUUUUCUCUCAUUUUCCUCCUAACCAAACACACCAGCUCAUCGACUUUCCUGCUUCCCCAGACUCUGAAUCCGCACCGGUUCAGGUCACAUUGUGGUGUCAUUUUCCCGCACUUUCUCUCGAGCCAAACAUGCAAACACCGUUCUCUCUCCUCUUCCGCAUCCAUUUCUCUCUCCUCCUCCUCCUUCCAUCACUCUCUCUCUCCUCUGUCUCGGAGCUCUCCACUCUGAUGGCUUUGAAAGCCUCUCUAGACCCACAGAACCAGUUCUUGACGUCGUGGACUCGGAGCGCCAAUCCGUGCGGAGGAGAUUUCGAAGGCGUGGCGUGCGACGAGAGAGGGCGUGUCGUAAACAUCUCUCUGCAAGGGAAGGGGCUGUGGGGCCGAAUCCCGGCGGCCGUGGGUGGGCUCAAGAGCUUGACGGGUCUUUACUUGCAUUUCAACUCAUUGAAUGGUGAAAUUCCAAAGGAGAUAACCAACUUGAGUGAGCUCACUGAUUUGUAUCUCAAUGUCAAUAAUCUGUCCGGAGAAAUUCCUCCUCAGUUUGCCAACAUGCCUAAUCUCCAAGUUUUGCAGUUGUGUUACAACACGUUGACUGGAAGCAUACCGUUGCAACUGCGAAACCUGAAGAGGCUUAGUGUUCUUGCUCUUCAAUACAAUCAAUUAACCGGUGCAAUUCCUGCAAGUUUGGGCGAGCUAAAAGCAUUAACAAGAUUGGAUUUGAGCUUCAACAGCCUCUUUGGUUCUGUUCCUGCAAAAUUAGCUGAUGCCCCUAUGUUACAAGUCCUUGAUAUCCGAAAUAAUUCUCUCUCCGGAACUGUCCCACAAGCGCUUAAGAGACUCAAUGGAGGAUUCCAAUACAAAAACAAUCCACAUUUAUGUGGGGUUGGCUUUUCUGACUUGCACGUUUGCUCAGCCAGUGAUGGUUGGGACCCAAAUAGGCCGGAACCAUAUCAACCCAGUAACCUUUCUGCAAAUGGUUUCCCACACUCAGCCCAAAAUCGUACUGCAGAAGAUCUUCCUGAGUCUGUGAAUUUGAACCCAGAUUGCAGCAGAACCAGCUGUUCAAAAACAUCAAAAUCUCCUCAAGUUGGUGUGGCUUUGGGGGUCAUUGGACUUUUUGUUGCUUUUACUGUUUCUGGUCUUUUCACAUUUUCGUGGUACCGCCGCCGGAAACAGAAAAUAGGGAGUGCUUUCGACUCAUCAGAUAGCCGGCUUAGCACUGACCAGGCCAAGGAAGUUUACAUGAAGAGUGCAUCUCCUCUCAUCAGUCUGGAGUACUCGAAUGGAUGGGACCCGGUUGCAAAAGGUUGCAGUGGAUUCUCUCAGGAAGUUCUUGAGAGCUUCAUGUUCAAUUUAGAAGAAGUGGAGCGUGCCACUCAGUGCUUCUCAGAAGUGAACUUGUUGGAGAAAAGCAAUUUCUCUGCCAUCUACAAGGGAAUCCUGAGGGAUGGGUCAGUUGUUGCAGUGAAGUGCAUUGCAAAGACGAGCUGCAAAUCUGAUGAAGCGGAGUUCCUGAAGGGACUGAAGAUAUUGACAUCAUUGAAACAUGAAAAUCUUGUUAGGUUGAGAGGCUUUUGCUGUUCAAAAGGUAGGGGAGAGUGUUUUCUUAUCUACGAUUUUAUCCCCAAUGGAAGCCUCUUGCAGUAUCUUGACGUCGAGGAAGGCAGUGGCACAGCUCUUGAAUGGUCAACCAGAGUAUCCAUUAUCAACGGCAUUGCCAAAGGUAUUGCAUAUUUGCAUGGAAACAAAGGCAACAAACCCGCCAUGGUUCACCAGAAUAUAUCAGCGGAGAAGGCGCUCAUUGACACCAACUAUAAGCCCAUGAUUUCAAAUUCGGGUCUGCACAAACUUCUUGCAGACGAUAUUAUCUUCUCCUUGCUCAAAGCCAGUGCUGCCAUGGGAUACCUGGCUCCCGAGUACACAACCACCGGUCGCUUCACUGGAAAAAGUGAUGUUUAUGCGUUUGGUAUGAUCAUACUUCAAAUCCUCUCCGGAAAACGAAAAAUCACUCAAUUCGUACGCCAAGGUGCAGAGUUCUGCAGAUUUGAAGACUUUAUCGAUCAAAACCUCGAGGGAAAGUUUUCAGAAUCUGAGGCAGCAAAACUUGGAAAAUUGGCUCUUCUCUGUACCAAUGAAUCUCCUAACCACCGGCCAUCCAUGGAGAAUGUUAUGCAAGAGUUAAGUGGGUUUGUCAGCUGUUGAUGUUCUUACCAGGUUUUCACCUCAAUUUUCAAAGGACGGGGUAAUCGGGUAUGAUGAAGGAUUUACUAACUACGCACUACAGUCUGAUGCUGAAGUAGGGCUCUUCUGACUGUUGUAUCCUUCUUGAAGACUGAAAUAUAGUGAAUGGCUAUGUACUUGUUUGUUGUAAUCUGUAGGAAGAUCUUUAGCAUUUGGAUAGAUAUCUACGUGUGAUAGAUGUGAAUGGCUAUCCUUUUUAAAGACUAUAGUUUUAUUUUCUAUAUCAUUUGAACUCUAGCCAUGUAAAAAGGCAAGUUUUAGUAAAUGCGCAUGUUU